UGCUGGAUCCAUAAUAAAUUUCAUAUAUCAUAGAAUUCAAAAGCUAUUUCCACGUGAAAAUGUUAUUGCAUCAGUGGUUUUGUUGCUAGGACACUCUGAUAGGACCACAUUAUGUUCAAAUAGCCACAAUAGCCUAUUGGAUAGUCUAAAACUUCAACUUAAAGCGGGUACAGGACCUAAAAUGCGUGCAGGAAGUUCCACAGAAUUCUCACAACAUUCUAGUUUAUGUCCACACAAACUGAAAUUUGCUAAGUGCCACCCAAAAAAAUAAGGGAACCAGUGGUCCCCCAGCUCAUGUUGGGGUUGGGGAAAUUAAGCAGCAGAUAAGGUAGCGAAGACAGCUCUGAAGAGGGAGGAGGUAAAUGUGGUGGUCCCAUUAGGAGGGAUGGAAUGUUGGAGCAUCAUAACAGAGGGGCUGACCCAGGAGUGGCAACGUGAGUGGGAGAGAAGAAGAAGGCAGUUUUCUCUAUCCAUAAUUCUGUGAGGAAGGUCAGUGGGUAUGGGGAGUGAGGUUGGGUUAUUGCGGGUUAUUGUUAGUGAUGAAACACACAGAUGGGAAGUGUGAGGAAGGUGGCGAGGUAGAGAUUGAAGUAUGUUAUAUUGCCGGUGGUAUGCUGAGGAUAGGACAUUCUUCCAUGAGCUGACUAACCGCAUUUUUGCUUGUAACAAUUUUGAGCUCAAAUGAUAGGCAAAGCGAAAUACCAAGGAAGCUGUUGUCUUUUCUAUAUUCCACCGGCCUGCACCUACUGGUGUGAGGCUAUUAUUAAUUCGCAUUCCGACCUGAGAAAGACAGCAAUUCACAGUACAUCAUCUAGUCUGCCGGAAACGCACAAGAUGACGAAGAAGACAGCAGAUAGUCUGCUGGAAACUCACAGGAAGAAAAAUAAGUCAACGGAAGUGAAGUGACCAAGAACAAUUUCCACGUUAACGUUUUUAUUUAGACGUUUAUUAAAACCCUGGAACUUAAAAUGACUAAUUUAACUGCACAUCAUCAUAUACUUACCGCAUGUAAUGUCUAAUUCGGGUUAAGGACUUGGUUGAUAGAUGUUAUCUAGGUAAUGCUAGCUAACUGCUAACAAUGGCUAACUGUAUGGUUUUUCACACUCAAAUAGCCUCCAUCAUGGAGGUGCUAGCAAAUGCUGCGGUGGCAGAGAUCUGUAAACUAGUAGACGACGACUAUGCAGUGCUUCGUUUGGAAAUAAGUCAAAGCCAGAAAGAAAACAGGGCAUUGCGGAGGAAACUACUGGAACUGAAGGUGGCACGGGAGCGCGCAGAGAGAACAACACGAGAGCGCGUCCUCGCCAGUAGUGUCAAGAUCCUCGACCGAUACAGAGGAAUGGCAAGAGGUGAAGAACAUGUCACUGGAGGACACAGGAUCUUUGUGAAGCCAGUGGGACAUAAUACACUGAGAGAUGAUAAACCAAUCACUGUUGAUGAGGGGAGUGGAACCUCAACCCAGCACAUUAUCAUGAUAGAGUCUGCAGAGUUUGCAGGUCUUGGGGUCAAGCACGAGAUGUCUGAAGGAGAGGAGGACCCACGGCACAGCAGAGACAUCCAGACUGGAGAGACUGGACCACCCCUUGUAGCCACGGAGGACCCCACCACCACCCCAGCACAGCCCAGGAUCAGAAGCAGCAUCACGGAAGUCAGUGGAAGGCCAGAUGCCGUCCUCAAGUCAGAGACAGACACCAAGACUUUAACUGUAACACAAAAGCAUUUACACAGAGAGAGACAGGGGCUGGGGAGGCUGGGCUGUCCUCCUGCUCCCAGCUCAGAGUAUUUACUUUACGAUAACCCGAGCCCGGUUCAUUCCCAUCGAGACUCAGAUGACGAGACUGGCAAUGAACCGUCUUGUUCUUACACUACAGAGAUGGACCCUGGCACACUCUUGGGUUUAGAGACACAAACUGGUCCAUCUAGAGGUGAUUGGAACCGGUACAGUAGUAGUGUAUACUCUGAAGGGUGCCUAGAUAAGAAAGGGGAGGGUCUGAUCGUAGAUGAUGUGAAAGUGGAGGGCGAUGUUCCUCCCACAUGGAAUGCAGAUAGUCACCUUGGAGACGGACACUCACAGGGCAGAGAUUUCUUAGACAGCAGGGAAAGCUUAAAGACAAAUCUAAAUGUCGCAACCCACUCCCCUUUACAGGCGUUCAGGGAUCGCAACCCAGUGUCCACGUCGAUGGGGCCUUCUGAUUCACACGGCCGCAUUCUUUUCGAUCAGGUAUUGAACUCAAACGACCGGGCUAGAGCCCAGGUUCAGGGAGGGGGAGCUACAUCAGGCAAUAGUAAAGAGAAAAGGUUCCUCUGCAUGUUCUGUAGCAAAGGCUUCAGUUGCUCCCAAAAGGUGGAGAUCCACCAGAGGGUCCACACAGGGGAGAAACCCUUCAGCUGUACCCAGUGUCACAUGCGCUUCGCAGAGGCUGGCAACCUGAAGAGGCACCAGAGGGUCCACACAGGGGUGAAACCCUUCAGCUGUACCCAGUGUCACAUGCCCUUCGCCCAGGCUGGCAGCCUGAAGAGACACCAGAGGGUCCACACAGGGGAGAAACCCUUUAGCUGCUCUCAGUGUGAGAAGAGGUUCUCACGCCAGCACCAGCUUAAGAUCCACCUGAAGGUCCACACAGGAGAGAGACCAUUUACAUGUACGCACUGUGGAAAGAGGUUCUCAGAGAGGAGCUGCCUCAGGAUACACCAGCAGAAAAACCAUUCCACUCUAUAACAUAGGAAGUAACCAUUCCACCCAAUAUCUGAUGUUUAGAUUUCAGCGUUUAAUAUUCCUGGGUAGAAUAUUGCAUCCAGACAUGGUGUAAAAUACAGUAUAAGGCAUAUAUAUACAGUGCCUUCAGAAAGUAUUCACACCCCUUGGCUUUUUCCACAUUUUGUUGUUACAAAGUGGAAUUAAAAUGGAUUUAAUUGUGAUUUUUUUGUCAAUGAUCUACACAAAAUGGAAUUUCUUACAUUUGUUUUAAAAAAUAAAAAUAACACUAUCUUUAUUAGCUUAGUAUUCAACCCUCCGAGUCAAUACAUGUUAGAAUCACCUUUGGCAGCGUAAUCGCUGUAAGCCCUUUCCACACCUGGUUUGUGCAACGUGUGCCGAUUUUAUUCUUCUCAAAAUUCGUCAAGCUCUGUCAAAUUGGUUGUUGAUCAUUGCUCGACAACAAUUUCAGGUCCUUCGCUCCAUUCUGUUUUUUUUUUUUAUCCUGAUAAACUCCCCAGUCCUUAACGAUUACAAGCAGACAUAAGCCUAGGAAGAGUAGUGUGAAUAUUUUUUUUUUUGUAAUAAUUUUGAUUGUUUCUUUUUGCAUUUUUAUAUUUUAGUUUUGGCUGCUCUAGGGUUUGAUCACUAUAUCCUGUGGUCUUGACUCUUAAAGUUGCAGGAUCGUAAAUUAAGUAUUUUGGCUUGAUAGCUUGCUGGCUGUUUGUUUAAUCUGUUUGGAAAUAUUACAACAAGGACUGCAUGCUGUGUCCAGAGGUAACAGAGGAAGUUCCAGUGAAAGCUCCUAACCAAGGGGUUGAAUACUUAGUGGCAAGAAAAAGUUUGUUAACCCUUUGGAAAUACCUGAAUUCCUGCAUA